AUGGUGAAUGUGUCCAUGGUCUUCAUCAUCCAUGACUUUGUUCUUUUAGGACUCAAGGAGAUGGAGCACCUGAGAUAUUUCUACUCUGUCGUCGCCCUUGUAAUAUAUCUCAGCACAAUGUUCUUAUCCACAUUAAUUGUGUAUGUUGUAUGGGCAGAACAAUCUCUCCAUGAACCUAUGUACAUCCUUAUAUGUGGCCUGGUGGGGAACGUUAUGGUUGGCAGCUCAGUAACUGUCCCCAAGCUGGCCAUAGACUUGCUCUCUGGAUAUUCCACCAUCUCACUGUCAGUAUGUCUGACCCAAGCAUUCUUUCUCCAAACCUCUGCUUGUAUAGAGAUACUAACAUUUACCAUCAUGGCCUAUGAUAGAUAUUUGGCUGUUGGUUUUCCAUUGAGAUACCACUCUCUGAUGACCAAUAAGAAGGCCUUACAGUCCUUGGCUAUCAUCUUGUUUGUGAUUUCAAUAGGUGGAUUGGUUGUUGUCCUAUUGGUGAUCAGGUUAACAUUAUGUGGUGUUGGCAUCAAUAACGUGCUCUGUGAAACAAUAUCUCUUGUCCGGUUGGCUUGUGGCAGUACAGCCAUCAAUGACGCCUAUGGGACUGCUUGGACCUUGCUGAUUUUCAUGGGCUCUUUAAUCAUUGUGAUCUACUGCUACAUACGGACAUUUCUUGUCUGCCUGAAGAUCUCUAUGGCAGCCUCCCAGAAAGCCAUCCAAACACUGGUGACCCACAUAAUCACAUACUCUACUUUAAUGGCAGCUAAUUUAUUUGUGGUUUUCAGGUAUAGAUUAAAUAAUGGUUCCUCAUCACCUUUGACGCACACUGUAGUCGUAUUAGGUGGUCUAUUGGUCUCCAUCACCCUAAAUCCUCUCAUCUACGGGAUAAGGACAGAGGCUUUAAGGAUGAAGAUGAUUCACUCUUUAAAGGCAAUUACCCAGAGACAGACACUGGGUGAAUACAAGUAA